AUGCAAAGACAUCCCAGCACAAUGAGCCGCCUUGUUCUGCCCCUGAUCUUUGGCGUUUUGCUGAUCAGUAAACCAUCGCCAUCACAGGCUCAGGAUGAAUCACUGGCUGGCAGUUUUCUAUCAGGCCUUUUGGACACCAUAACGAGUACAGCAGAUGCCAAGGAUUGUCCUGGAGUUUGUGUCCACACUUUGGCUACUUUGAUAUGCUACGAAGUUCUAGACGAUGUGGCAUGUCCUUCGGCCAGCAUGAAAUGCUGCAUAGAGAAUGCUCCAGCUGGUAAAAAUGUAACUGCUGUCAGGGCCACAACAACGCCAAAAACCACAACCACUGCCAGCACCACCACCACUCAGAGGACAACCACUACGGUGGCCACCACUAGCACCACAAAGCGCACCACCACCACCAGUACCACGCCAAAACCCAAGCCAAAACCACAGACCAAGAGACCCACUACCAGCACCACCACAAAAGCCACAGCGGCCACCACCAAGAAACCCAGCACCACCAAGAAGGUGGCCACUGCCAAGCCCAAGGACAAGGAGGAGGCCACCAAGGCGGAGGAUGCCAACAAGGACUGCACUGGAGUCUGUGUGGCGGACCGCAUAGCGGAGUACUGUGAGGCCUAUUUGACCAGCGAUGGACUGUGCAAAGAGGGCACCAAGUGCUGUGUCUCCCUGGACGAGUACUCCAAUGGCAAGCUGCCCAAGGAUAUCUACAUUCCAGCCAAGCACAUGAGCAACUUGAAGCCCAAUCAGACGCUAUCCGAGAAAUCAGCUCCCUCUAAGAGUUCCAGUACGUCCACUAGUAGCACCACUACCACCAGCACCACCACCACUCCGGAGCCGGCCAGAACCAAUAAUAGUUCUCCAAAGCCCAGCAAGCACAAGAAGCAUCCAACAACCACCACCACGGAGGCGGCCGACGAGGAUGAGGAUCAGGAGACGGAGGAGGAUGGCGAGGAGGAGGAGCCACCAUUGAGCAACAAACUGAAGUCCGGACAGGGUCAGGGUCAGGUGUUGAAGGAAUGCGAGGGCGAGUGCAUGAAUGGGAUAUUCGCCAUCUUCUGCGAUGACAUUGAUUCCGAGGCCUUUUGUCCGGGAGAAGGAAGCUGUUGUGUGACCGGAUCUGCGUCUGAGGCAUCUCCCGCCUCUAAGGCUCCACCAACGAAGCCAGCCAUCAAACAUGCACCCAAACCUGCCGCCAAGCCGGCUAAGCCCGCCCGUCCUGCCUCUCCACCGCCACCACCCCCAGCUUCCACUUCCGGAGGAGGAGGAGGCGGCGGAGGAGGAGGUGACUUCCUUUCUCAGAUCAUAUCAUUUGCGGAGAGCACUCUGAACUCCCCAGCUCCUCCACCACCACCUCCGCAGGCUCCAGUUCAAGUGCCACGCUGUCCAGGAUUCUGUCUGCUCAACAUCAUGGCCGCCUUCUGCGAGAGACCCUCGAUUCUGGUCUCUACACCCACCACCUGUGCCAAGGGAUCCGUGUGCUGCGACAAUUCGAGGGCUGGAGCACCCAAGCCCAAGUUGCCACCGCCCACGCCCUCGCCCACAGCCCCGCCCACCGCUCCGCCCUAUGUCCUGCCCAACACUCCAAGUCCCGAUCCCCGAGAGGAAUGCCCUGGAUCCUGUAUCGUCAGCCUGCUUAGCUUCACCUGCUUCAAAAACGCCGAGAUGACUGACAUGUUCCGCUGCAAGCGUUCCGGCCAGAUUUGCUGUGCGCCCAAGAGCAAGAUCCUGGAGAAGCAACAAUUCCAGACGCGCAACGAUACCGCCUACUAUCCGGCACCACCCCCACCACCCAUUGGUCCACCCCAGGCGUAUCCGCCACAGACGCCACCCUAUUCCUACAUGAACAACCCACCGCCACAGGGACCACCACCACCGCAGAUGGCGCCACAUCAUCCAAAUCCCUACCAGCCACCGCCGCCGGCUCCCAACUACGGAGAUUACUAUCCAGUUUCGGGACCAGCAGGACUUCCACCACAACCUCAGACCACACCACCCACCACGACCACAACAACCACGACUCCAAGGCCACAUGUCUACUCCAAGUACGUUUGCGGAGUCAAAGGAACUCUGCGAACAGGACGAGCCCAAUCCCAAGCCCUUUCCCUGGUCUCCUAUGCCCGUGCCAAGUAUGGAGUACAGCGAACAGCUCGCCAGAUCACCUCCUCCGCCGGCUACUCCGGUAACUUCAACAAGUCUAACGAGAGAUUGGUCCUCGGAUCCGCCAUUGUGCCCAUCCAGAUCCACAACGAUAAACUGGGUGACCUUGUCGAAUCUAGCAGUCUGCAGAGCAACCAACUCCGCUCCUAUCACAAUCACCAGGAGUCUAUGAACCAGCCGGAUCUGGUUUAUCCAGAGUACUAUCACCAACAGAGAUCGCUCCACGGACUUCAGUCCAAUUUCAGUGGACGGCGAAGGGCUCGCGUGGUGGGCGGAGAGGAUGGCGAAAAUGGGGAGUGGUGCUGGCAGGUGGCUUUGAUCAACUCCCUCAAUCAAUACCUCUGUGGAGCAGCUCUCAUUGGAACCCAGUGGGUCCUCACGGCAGCCCAUUGUGUCACCAACAUUGUUCGCUCUGGAGAUGCCAUCUAUGUGCGCGUGGGCGACUACGAUCUGACCAGGAAAUACGGCAGUCCCGGGGCUCAAACCCUGCGCGUGGCCACCACCUACAUCCAUCACAACCACAACAGUCAGACCUUGGACAACGAUAUUGCCCUGCUGAAACUCCAUGGCCAAGCUGAGCUCCGGGAUGGAGUGUGCUUGGUGUGUCUCCCGGCUCGAGGAGUCAGCCAUGCGGCGGGCAAGCGAUGCACUGUGACCGGAUAUGGAUACAUGGGAGAAGCUGGUCCCAUUCCCCUGCGAGUACGUGAGGCAGAGAUUCCGAUUGUUAGUGACACGGAGUGCAUCCGAAAGGUCAACGCCGUGACGGAGAAGAUCUUCAUCCUGCCCGCCUCCAGUUUCUGUGCCGGCGGAGAGGAGGGACACGAUGCCUGCCAGGGUGAUGGAGGCGGUCCUCUGGUUUGCCAGGAUGAUGGAUUCUUCGAGCUGGCCGGCCUCGUUUCCUGGGGAUUCGGCUGCGGACGCCAGGAUGUGCCCGGCGUCUAUGUGAAGACGUCCUCUUUCAUCGGCUGGAUCAACCAGAUCAUCAGCGUGAAUAACUUAUAGUGAGGAAUCGCUCGCAUAGGACACACAGACACCAUGUGCGGGAGGAACCCCGCUCUUGUGGCGAUUUCCUGGCCAAAAAUAUUUACAAAAAAAGAUAGGCCCGGUGUAGCCUACGAUUGUUUUUAAGGGGUUCCCGCUCUUCGACUGCUAACGUAAACCCAUCCUAGUGUAAUCUAUUCAUACCUAACCUAACCCUAACUCUAAUGGCUCGAAACCCAGAAAACAACUAUAUUAACUAUUACGAUUAUCGGUA